GAGAGCCGCGCGGGCGAGAGCGGCUGGCGGCGUGAGAGGGCUCGGCUGGACUUGCCUCCGCGGCCGCGGCGGCCGGAGCAGGUACCAGAGCCCCCGGCCCGGAAGGUUCGGAGCACUCGGCAACAUGGCUUCCCCGCCCCACCAGCAGCUGCUGCCGCACCACAGCACCGAGGUGAGUUGUGACUCCAGCGGAGACAGCAAUAGCGUGAGGGUCAAAAUCAACCCCAAGCAGCUGUCCUCCAACAGCCACCCCAAGCACUGCAAGUACAGCAUCUCCUCCAGCUGUAGCAGCUCUGGGGACUCAGGGGGCGUCCCCCGGAGAGUGGGCGCUGGAGGCCGCCUGCGCAGGCAGAAGAAGCUGCCCCAGCUGUUCGAGAGGGCCUCCAGCCGGUGGUGGGACCCCAAGUUUGACUCGGUGAACCUGGAGGAGGCUUGCAUGGAGCGCUGCUUCCCGCAGACCCAGCGCCGCUUCCGGUAUGCGCUCUUCUACAUCGGCUUCGCCUGCCUGCUGUGGAGCAUCUAUUUUGGCGUCCACAUGAGGUCCAAACUGAUGGUCAUGGUAGCCCCAGCUCUGUGCUUCCUCGUCGUGUGUGUGGGCUUUUUUCUGUUUACCUUCACCAAGCUGUAUGCCCGGCAUUACGUGUGGACCUCUCUGGUUCUCACCCUCCUGGUGUUCGCCCUGACCCUGGCCGCCCAGUUUCAGGUUUUGACGCCUCUCUCAGGACGUGUUGACAGCUCCAAUCGUACCCUCGCAGCCAAGCCCACAGACACUUGCUUAUCUCAAGUGGGGAGCUUUUCCAUGUGCAUCGAAGUGCUCUUUUUGCUCUACACCGUCAUGCACUUACCUUUGUACUUGAGCUUGUUUUUGGGAGUGGUCUAUUCUGUUCUCUUUGAGACCUUUGGCUAUCAUUUCCGAGACAAAGACUGCUUCCCCCCACCUGGAGCAUGGGCGCCACACUGGGAGCUGCUGAGCCGAGCCCUGCUUCAUGUCUGCAUUCAUGCCAUCGGGGUCCACCUAUUUAUCAUGUCCCAGGUGAGAUCCAGGAGCACCUUUCUCAAGGUGGGACAGUCAAUUAUGCAUGGAAAGGAUCUGGAAGUGGAAAAAGCCCUGAAAGAGAGGAUGAUUCAUUCUGUGAUGCCCAGGAUCAUAGCUGAUGACCUGAUGAAACAGGGGGAUGAGGAGAGUGAGAAUUCUGUCAAAAGGCACGCCACCUCCAGCCCCAAGAACAGGAAGAAAAAGUCUUCCAUACAGAAAGCCCCCAUAGCAUUUCGCCCUUUCAAAAUGCAGCAGAUCGAAGAAGUCAGUAUUCUAUUUGCAGAUAUCGUGGGCUUCACCAAGAUGAGUGCCAAUAAGUCUGCUCACGCCUUGGUGGGUCUCCUCAAUGAUCUGUUCGGUCGCUUCGACCGGUUGUGUGAAGAGACCAAGUGUGAGAAAAUCAGUACUCUGGGAGACUGCUAUUAUUGCGUGGCGGGGUGUCCAGAGCCCCGGGCCGACCAUGCCUACUGCUGCAUUGAGAUGGGCUUGGGUAUGAUCAGAGCGAUCGAGCAGUUCUGCCAGGAGAAGAAAGAAAUGGUGAACAUGCGUGUUGGGGUUCACACGGGGACCGUCCUCUGCGGCAUCUUGGGCAUGAGGAGGUUCAAAUUCGAUGUGUGGUCCAACGAUGUGAACUUGGCCAAUCUCAUGGAGCAGCUGGGAGUGGCGGGCAAGGUUCACAUUUCCGAGGCCACAGCAAAAUACCUAGAUGAUCGGUACGAAAUGGAAGAUGGGAAAGUUACUGAACGCCUUGGCCAGAGCGUUGUUGCUGACCAGUUGAAAGGUUUGAAGACAUACCUGAUAGCGGGUCAGAGAGCGAAGGAGUCUCAUUGCAGCUGUUCAGAGGCCUUGCUUUCUGGCUUUGAGGUCAUUGACGGCUCACGGGUGUCCUCAGGUCCUAGGGGACAGGGGACAGCAUCACCAGGGAAUGUCAGUGACUUGGCGCAGACUGUCAAAACCUUUGAUAACGUUAAGACUUGUCCUUCCUGCGGAAUCACAUUUGCCCCCAAAUCAGAAGCGGGUGCAGAAGGAGGAGCGGUCCAGAACGGCUGUCAAGAGGAGCAUAAAAACAGCACCAAGGCUCCUGGAGCACCGAAUUCCAAAACUCAGAACGGACUUCUGAGCCCUCCCCAAGAGGAGAAACUCACCAACAGUCAGACCUCCCUGUGUGAGAUCUUACAGGAAAAGGGAAGGUGGGCAGGAGUGAGCUUGGACCAGUCAGCUCUCCUUCCGCUGAGAUUCAAGAACAUCCGGGAGAAAACAGAUGCCCAUUUUGUUGAUGUUAUCAAAGAGGACAGCCUGAUGAAAGAUUAUUUUUUCAAGCCACCCAUCAAUCAGUUCAGCUUGAACUUCUUGGAUCAGGAGCUAGAGCGAUCCUACAGGACCAGCUAUCAAGAAGAGGUUAUAAAGAAUUCUCCCGUGAAGACUUUUGCCAGUGCCACCUUCAGCUCCCUGCUGGAUGUGUUUCUGUCAACAACAGUGUUUCUGAUUCUCUCCAUCACCUGCUUUCUGAAGUAUGGGGCUGCCUCCACAUCUCCCCCACCUGCCGCCCUGGCAGUCUUCGGCGCUGCCCUGCUGCUAGAGGUGCUGUCCCUCGUGGUCUCCAUCAGGAUGGUGUUUUUCCUGGAGGACGUGAUGGCUUGUACAAAGCGCCUGCUGGAGUGGAUAGCUGGCUGGCUCCCACGCCAUUUCAUCGGGGCCAUCCUGGUGUCACUCCCUGCUCUUGCGGUCUAUUCACACGUCACCUCUGAAUUUGAGACAAACAUACACGUCACCGUGUUCAUGGGUUCAGCCGUCCUGAUCACCGUCGUGCACUACUGUAACUUCUGCCAGCUCAGCUCCUGGAUGAGGUCCUCCUUAGCCACAGUCGUCGGGGCGGGGCCCCUACUCCUGCUCUGCAUCUCCCUGUGCCCUGACAGUUCCAUAGUAAUUUCACACCUUGAUGCAGGACAGAAUUUCAGUUCUGAGGGGAAUCCGUGCAAUAGUUCCUUGCCGCAUGGUGGCGGAACAGCCAGCCUGAUUGGCCAGGAGGUGGUUCUGGUCUUCUUUCUCCUGCUCUUGUUGGUCUGGUUCCUGAAUCGAGAAUUCGAGGUCAGCUACCGCCUGCACUACCAUGGGGACGUGGAGGCAGACCUUCACCGCACCAAGAUCCAGAGCAUGAGGGACCAAGCCGACUGGCUGCUAAGGAACAUCAUCCCCUACCACGUGGCUGAGCAGCUGAAGGUCUCCCAGACCUACUCCAAGAACCACGACAGUGGAGGCGUCAUCUUCGCCAGCAUCGUCAACUUCAGUGAGUUCUACGAGGAGAACUACGAAGGGGGCAAGGAGUGCUACCGGGUCCUUAACGAGCUCAUUGGGGACUUCGACGAGCUCCUGAGCAGGCCAGGCUACAGCAGCAUCGAGAAGAUCAAGACCAUCGGGGCCACAUACAUGGCUGCAUCGGGGCUGAACGGCGCCCAGUGCCAGGACGGUGGCCACCCACAGGAGCACCUGCAGGUACUGUUCGAGUUUGCCAAGGAGAUGAUGCGUGUGGUGGACGACUUCAACAGCAACAUGCUGUGGUUCAACUUCAAGCUCAGGGUCGGCUUCAACCAUGGGCCACUCACAGCAGGAGUCAUCGGCACCACCAAGCUGCUGUAUGACAUCUGGGGUGACACCGUCAACAUCGCCAGCAGAAUGGACAGCACGGGGGUGGAGUGCCGCAUCCAGGUGAGUGAGGAGAGCUACCGCGUCCUGAGCAAGAUGGGCUACGACUUCGACUACCGGGGGACAGUGAAUGUGAAGGGCAAGGGCCAGAUGAAGACCUACUUGUACCCAAAGUGCAUGGACAGCGGGGCCGUGCCGCAGCACCAGCUGUCCAUCUCCCCGGACAUCCGAGUCCAGGUGGACGGCAGCAUCGGGCGGUCUCCCACGGACGAGAUCGCCAACCUGGUGCCUUCUGUACAGAACGCGGACAAGACGUCUCUGGGUUCUGAAAACAACAUGCAAGCCAAGGACGCUCACCUAUCUUCUAAGAGGCCAUGGAAGGAGCCCGUCAAACCCGAAGAGAGGUCUCGAUUUGGCAAAGCCAUAGAGAAAAGCGACUGUGAAGAAGUAGGCAUGGAAGAAGCCAGUGAACUCACCAGGCUCAACGUUUCCAAGAGCGUGUGACGCAGCGCCUGUCGCUGCCGCGGUGCUCUGUUCCUCGAAACACAAUCGAGUUUGUAUUCACCUGCUGUGUGUCCCGAGCACCACAGCCUCCGUCGCCGGGCACAGCGCCGUGUGGUCGUUGCCCUGACGUCUGCGUGCGCCACAUACAUCCGUCUCUCUGCUUUUUCUCCCCUGGAGCCCCAUCCCCUGGGUGUGACCGUCAGCAGCGUGGAGAACAAGUGCCUUCAGGGGUUGACCGUGGCCUCGCGUCUGGGGACAGAGGCGGCCCGUGGAGAUCGUGGCAUGGGGUAUUGCUGGACUUUUUAAACGAAAGCUGUGGUUAAGAUAUCAUUUUAUUGCUUUUUCUCACAAGGCAGUUUGGGGUUUUGUUUUGUUUUUGCUAGUACAAUGUUUUUGCAUUUUUUUCUUGUAUACAUGCUAGUGUUUUCCAGUGACCUGACCUUUCUGUGUAAACAUGUACACGCACACACUUUCAUUCAUGAAUCUGAGAUCAAGUGCCAGUAACUCACUGUGAGGGGAGGUGGGGGGCCGUGGGCUGCAAGCAGCCGCCAGCCAGGAUGGCCCACGUGCACCCCCCCACCCCGCCCCGACCUGCGCCUUCCAGAGUACCUGGGGCCUCGGGCUGUCAGGGCUUCCUCCCCGCGCAGGCCAAGAUUGCAGUUGCUAGCCAGUAGCAGAGCUCGUGAACCCAGGUCCAAGGUAUUUAGAAGCCGUGUUUCAUUCUGCCCUGGACACCAAGGGGUUUCCAGCUGGGAGCGAAGGGGUUUGUCUUUGAAGCUGAAUCCUCGGAGAGGGAAACUCAAAAUAAACGUCUGAGGGUUGCAUUUAUUUAUUUAUUUAUUUAUCAGGGAAUGUGUGUCUUGGGGGGAGCAGCAGUCAGGUCCUUCCGGCAAAGGGACAUAGAUAGGCUGGGUUGGGGGGAGGGGGUCUGCAGGGGGCACAGUGGAAGCAUGAGAAGAUGUCUGUUAGUGCUUUGGCUGCUCUGGGCCACUACUCCACACAGGGGCUGAGCAAGGCCUGGCCGGGCCUGGCCAGCGUGCCCUGGGAUGGCCCGGGGACAGAGAUGCUCUCAGCCGUGGUUCUGAAACCUUAUGGGCACUGCCACUUCUGUCCCAUGGGCUGCGGAUCUGUACCCUCGGGGCCUCCCCACGGCAGGGAUUGAGGCAGAGCCCGGCCCUGCAUGAGGCAGGGGGUCGGGGUCAAGGGCAGUGGUGGGCAGACAGUGCCAGCGGCUUUGGCUUGUACACCCCCGAGAAGUCCCUCAUCCUCUCCCACUCUUGGCUUGUGCAGGGCUGGUGUGUAGCAGUCAUGAACCUGCUGAACCCCAGCCCUCUUUAGCUGGCCUCCUCCUGCUGUGUAGAGACAGAAUCAGCCACAUGUAUAGGAGGUGUCAAGCCAGGGCAAGUAGAAGAAACCUGAAGGAAAUCACUUGUGGUUAUUUGUUGCUGAUCCUGCCUGUGAGGACGUUUGGCCACAUUGAGUCUGGAAUGUACAUGGAAUUGAACUCAGGCCCGUGUUGCCCUGUCAUCGGCAAAGUUACUUUCAAGGUGACUCGAGCAUACGGUUCACAGGAUAGUUUGAGAACUAGCUCCUUCUCUGUUUAAGGUCUUCACCGGCACACCCUGUGCAUUUUCUUUUCACUGCUAAAUCUUUGUAUAAUGUCACAUCUACAUCAAGUCGCAUUAUCAGUCUCGCCCCUCCCCAAAUUCAUCUAGAGUCUGCCAUUUCUGGGAUCAGGAAAUAUGGAUUCUGAUGGGCCAGCUUCCCAGGGUGGGGGAACACACGUGGAGUUGUCUCCCAACAAUGCAGCCACAGCCAAGAUCUUGACGUCCCAGGGAGUCAUACUGAGCAUUCUCAGUAACUAAGAUCUUCCUUCAGGCUUUACUGUCAGUUUGUUGGUCUUCCAAUGCUGGAGGAAGGAUGGUGUGACAAUACCUCUUGCUUCUAAAGAAUGUAUUCUUCUAAGAAACCACAGAGAUUUUAUUUUUAUUUUAAUUUUAAAACACUACCUGACACCGUUCUUGUCCAUAGGGACUGUGGGCGUGUUAGGGGCUUUUCCCAUCAGUGUUAAGGCAUGUACUGGAGUGUGGGGCUCUCCUUCUGCCCUCUGCCCUCAAGCUCUGUAGCUCUGGCAGUGAGGGGGCCAGGUGGUUGCCGCCGGGCCACCUGUGUCUCUGCUGUUCCACAAGGUUAAUCUCUGCACAUGCUUCCUCCCCUGCACAUUGUCUUUCCCCUUCCCUUCCUGCAAAAGUGUUUGUGAUUCCUGACUCUGGGAAGCCGCGGACCUCAGGGAGAGGGUCUGAACGCCCGGUGAUAUGGUCCAGCAGUGUGCACAUCGGAGACUUUGAUGGUUGGCUCACCCAGAAUUCCAAAUUGUCUUUAAAAAAAACAAAACAAAACAAAACAAAACAACACAACACCCCGAGCCUUCCUAAAUCACCAGUACAGAUGUUCUCGCUGAGCCACUACGUGGCUUGGGUCCUUCUCAGUUUCCUGCCCUGAAGCAUACCUCAACGCAGGACCACAGAAUCUGUGCCGCGGAAAUGCCUCGCCUCCAGCUCCGCUGGCCCUGAACAGAGUCCCUGAGGACAGGCCCCUGAGCAGUGGUUCAAGUGCUAGCAGUACGACGGACGUGCUCUUCACAGAGGCAAUACCUCUUACGAACUUAGGUCAGGAAGCAAUACUUCAGAACUGAAUGUGUGUAAAUAGCUGCUUUGAGUUGCAAUUGCUGUUUUCUUCUUGGCCCCAAGUCAGACCGAAUUAUACACACGUAUAUAUACACAUAUAUGUAUAUGUAUAUGUAUAUAUAUAUAUAUAAACAAGCACACCUAAUUUUAUCCAGUGCAAACAAAUGUAGAGAAUCAGUUAUGAAGCCCUUAAGUAGCUUGAAGAGUCACACCGGUUAUGCAACACCUGCACACGACUCCAUUAACACUGACUGCUCUCGAAGGCAGCACCUGCGCAUUUGCACACGACACUGAGAGCCAGAGGGCCGCGUGCUUCCCGCCACAUGGACUGUAACAAUGUGUAGUUUCCAAAGAUCUGUCUGCAUCUGCAUUUCUAGAUUUUUGAGGUAAGCGUUUUUUGGCUGGUUGUUUCAGAAAAUCACAUCAUGCCUAGAACCUGAAAUUAAAUUGACGAGAACCAACUGUUUGCAUUUUCCAUCUUUUCUUCACUCUGCUCUUUUUAAACUGUUAAUUCUAAUUAUUUCAGAAUGCAUCCACUCAAGAAAUGGAUAUUAAAAUAUUCUAAAAUCUAAAUAUUUGAUGCCUGGUAUUUCCUCGUUGAAAAGAUCAGUUUGCACUUCAGAAAUUAGGGCAUUCCUUAUUCCCUGCGAUUUGUGGCUGGAAAUAAGAAGAUUUGCCUUUCUUUCACAUUAUGACUUUAAAAACAAGACGACUAAAAAAAAAAAAAAACCGAAACGAUCCUAUUUAUGUAUAUGGUUUCUUUUUGUCUAAUGGAUAUAUUUGCUACAGUUAACUUCGGUUGAAAAAUCUUAUUUUUAUAUGGAACUUUAACAAAAAUAAAAAGCAGGUCUCAGGACAAGUUUGGCUUGCAAAGAUAUCCCUAUUUUAUUAGGCCUUCGAUAUAGUUUUUCCUGCAAGAUCUUAGGGGAAGGAAUUGACCAAGAAAAUGAAGGCGGUUUUCUGAAAGGACACAGCUACACAGCCUGUCCUCACAAAGUUCCUGGGGGUGUCCACAUCAGGGAAAGUCACACACCCAUCUCAGAAUCCAUUUAAAGUCAUAGAGCCUCUUCCCAGAAACCAUACAUGCCGUUUGUAUACAUCUUGGGCGUUCACAACACCUCCAGAUCCAAAGCAAAACUGUAGAGCUGUUGGGGUGUAGAGCCUUCUCCCCCAGUGAAGUCUUUCCUGGUGACUGCAGUAUUUGUCAGCAACUUCAGAGCACAGGACCCUCUUGAAGACUCAACAGAGGGACGUGAAGAUACGGUCCCCCAUCCUUGUUCAUCCGCUAAAGAGGGAUCGAGCUUCUAGGUUGUUCUCUGCUGGAACAUGGCGCCUAUAAGGGCACUACUGGUUGACGUGGGCAUCCUUCCCUCCCACACCCUAGGAACCUUUCUGGAGGUUAGAGAGUCAUGGUCUGUGCUGCACUGAAGGUCUUGUGAGAAGGUGGGUCUCUACUAGAAGGGGUACCCUGGGGACUUUUGAAGACUUAGCAUUCAUGAAAGAAUUUUGCAGUAAGACUCAGAACUUAGCUUUUGUGAUUUCUCUCUUGCAUGUGGUUACUUUUCUGUGGGGAAUCUCCUUGUGGCCACCUGGAAUAGAUCCCGAGGGCCAGGUAAAGGAAGCUAAGUGGGGAAGAGAUAGGUAAGAGGAAGCAAUUAAGAAAGGUACACACUUGCACACCUUAUACGUGUAAAUUAAAAUCCUCCCCAAGUGUCUAUUUUUAUAUAGUUCCUAUGUGAAAAUUAUUAUUUUUAAUUACAUGACUCCAAAGAGUUGUCACUAUAUAUUAGAGCAACUUAAGUCUGGGGAAUUCUCCCUGUUCCUGUUGGGCCUGGACACCAGAAGGAGAAGCAAAUUAAGUGGCUGUGUAUCAAGAGCCCAGCGCCUCCUGAAAUCUCAGUCAUUGAAAACAGUGAUCUUAACCUUUCUUGACUCACAGAGCCUUUGAUAGUUUGAUGAUAGUUGUGUCUCUUCUCUCCAGAAAACAAACUCACACAUGCAAAUACACAACACAAAUAUACCAUCUUAAUGUUGCAUACAAUUUCAGAAGUCCCCAGAUUCAGAAAAGGUGCCCCCAAUCUGCAAUGACUAAGGAAUGCUGAUUUUUCUAUUGUAACUCUCUGCAAGUGAGGUUCCCAAGCAUUUCUGGACUCUAUUGGAAAUUUGUCUCACCAUGUUAAUGCUGGUUUGUUUGCAUAUGCAUUCCCAAGCAAAUGAUAUUUUCAUGUAUUAUGUUUGAGUUCUGUUUAAGUAUAUUCAAGGAGCCACUCAAAGGACUUUACAGUUUCAUAAAGUUAGAGUCUUCCCAACAGAUAAGGAACACUCGGCCAGUAUUUGCUGAGCGACAACGAUGUGCCAAAUAAUGCCAAACGUCCCUUUCUUUGGACCAUUCAAGUUGUUGUGAGGCUGGAGUAUAUUCCAGCAACAGCCGUGAUGAGAGACACUGCUUCUCCUGUUGCUUUCCCACGGUGAAUUCUUCAGUAAACAGAAGGGCACUUCCAGGUAGCUGGGCUGGCACAGCGACAGCCUCUCCUUGCUGACGUUCUUACGCAGUGGGUUCUCAGAGUCAUUCGUAAACAAAGAGGUGAUUUUUGUACUCAUGGUCUUAAGGAGUGUAGACUUUGAAGAAAGAGCAACACGUGAGAAGCAGAGAAAACAGCUUGCACCCGUAUUGUGUUGAUCCCUCACGGAGAAAGCAGCUACUCCAAGUACAACCCAUGAAAUCAUCUGUUUUAUUUUUAAAACCAUCCUCUCCAGAUGGCAGGUGGGGCCCCAGCACGAGGGUCUCAGAACAAGGCACUGGCUUGGACUGACUUGGCUGGAGGGAGCCUUUCUGAAAUAGCACCACCCUGAGAGAAGUGCCUGGGAGGGAGUUGGGGGCCAGAGGUCUCUGCCCACCCCAUCUCUGCCCUGGGCCCUGUCACCAGGCAAGGCAGCGGCUUCUGGCAGGGGACAGUUUUCUGAACAAAUUGCUCUCUCUCGUCUUCAUCUUUCUCUGACUUUCUUGCCCUUCUCAGCAAAGAAAAUUCUUGCCACGUAGGUUGGAAGGCCAGCGAAUGGUGUCAGAAAGGAGGGAUUGUUUGGAUUUGUCCAUAUGAUCCUGGGAAAAGGAAGCAGAAUGGGAAAGGGAAGAGCUGCACACCCGCACACUUGCGAGACUGACUCCCUAGUGACACCGUGUGCCCAAGGCCAACCUCACAGCUCACCGAGCCCUUCCUUGGGAAGAUCUCCAUUCAUGUUCUCCCUGGCUUCCAGCCUCUCGGGUCUCCAGCACUGGCCUCUUGGGAGGCCUCCCACAACGACCAGCCAGCCCCACCUCAUGGACAGUCAUGCCUCUCCAAGGACACAGGUGCCUCCACUCUACCUGCUUCCCACCCCCUUCCACUGCCCUCUUUGACCUCCCAAGUAGGUUUCAGUUCCAUGCCAUAUGCCAUCCUCACUGUCUAACUUCAGGAAUACAGAUAACCCUACAACAACACAGCGAGCUGCUAUUCUACUGAUUGAAAGAAAUAAACCCUUUGGCCACUACAUUCAGUUCUCACCUAGGCAAACAUGUCUGUGCCCAUCAAGCAGUUUCCCGUUUCAGCUUUCCACGAAGGAACUCAAAACACAGAGAACCCCUUUGGUCUUCAGGAUGCCUCACCUGUGUGGAUAGGCAGAAGUGUUUUUUCUGUACAACAGAUCGCAGAGCAUGGCUGAGGGGGUUGCCCCAGUCCAGCCGGUUGCUGCCCACGGUUCCCAGCUGCAGAGCUGGACCCCAGAGCAUGCUGCCAAGUCCACGUGACUGCCUGUCAUAGCCUCCCCCUUCCUUGCCAAGAAAGAACAAAGAAUCCAGGUGGUGGAGUGGGUCAUCGUGCAAUUAAAUGGAGAAAUUAGAUACCAGGUCCCCAAGCACUCAACAAGGUAAAAUAAAUCUUCCCUUCUCUCCCUUUCCCCUUCUUUUUGUAAGAGUGGCUACUUGAAUUAAAUGUGGAGUAUUUAAGCUAUUACCUAGUGUGCGCCUAGAAUGGAGACGUUCCGAAAUUAUUCCAGGGACCGCAUGGAUUGGUGUCCGUGUGCUAACCAAGAGCGCCAUGGGAAUGCAAAGUUUGGAACUUGUCCGUGCCUUCAGAAAGAUCUGUGGAAAGCGCAGGUUAUGUUGCUGUCCUGUCCUUCCUGCGAAUGGAACAGAAACAGAUCGCGUACCUUUAAAACAAAAUCAGGUUCUCCACCCCCCCGCAACUGUUAAUCUCACAAUAAAUUCUUUAUAUGUAUAAUGUUAGGUCAUUUUAAAAACACCUUUAUCAUACAUCUGUACAUUUCUAGUGUUUCAGGGAACUAUUAGAGGGAAAGAAAAGUAUAACUCAGCUGUUUAACUUGAAGUAUCAUAGAAUGUAAUUGUAAUUUCCUCCAAUUUGGGGCUCCUGGGUAAAAAGUGGACUUUGUUGGCUAUUUACAAAGGACUGAGGAAGCCAGUAGUUUAAUUUUUAGUGGCAAGUCUUAUGUGCUGGGUUGGUGGAACUUUUCUUUGGUAAUUUUGGUUUGCCAGAAUGUUACCUCUUCCUCCUCAAGAGAAGGCUUCUGAGGCAUUACAGAUAUGUUUGGAAUUUUCAUUUAACACAGAAGAAUAUGGCUGAAUAUUGCCCCAAUCUCCUGUUUCUAUUAUUAAUUGCAUGUUGUGUUGUACUUUCUUAAAAAUUUCAGUCAAGGAGUUCUGUAGACUUCUGAAGCACUUUAAUCUAACAUGAUACCUGGAGAGCAUUUGGAUUUGUUUGUUUUUAAUGUUGAAAAAUGUAAUUUACAUGAACUUCCAAGAAAUUAGUUCAAUUUAAACCUAACAAGAUAAGAUAAAACUAUGUGUGUGUGUUGGGGGUGGGGGAGAUUUGAAGCAGUCAUCCAGAUAAUUUAGGAUAAAAGCAUCCUUAUCCCUAAAAUAUUUCUAAUGAGACAAAGUAAUUUGACUGCACCGAUCACAUCAUGAUCCAAAUUCUUCCAUUCACGUUUCUUGCGCAGCCAAAACAAGGGGUCACCUCACUGCUUUCAGUAUCUCCUCUCCAAACUUCCUCAUCUCCUCCUUCAGCUGCCCAUUUUGUCGGCAGAAUACAGGAGGCACAGAUCUGUGUGCUGUGAGAGCAAACCUAACAUGUUCUAGUGAACCCACUAUCUGAUCGUUACUCGAAUUCCCGAAGAGUCUGCCUGCGUUCCCAACCUGUGGCUCCGGCCACCAUCUCCCUCUGUCAUCAGUGCCUCUGUCAUCAGUGCCCAUAGCAGCAGCCCCUUCGAUGUCUUCUAGCAGGAGCACAGCCAGGCCAGCGUGAACGUCUCGUGUGCCCUCAGACAGUUGGGCAGUGAGGAACAGAAUAGCCACCGUUCCCCUAGUUCCUCUGCCAUGCAAGAAGACAAUCUCCAAGCACCUACACUGCACCAAGCCUUCUGCUGCCUCCUUGUCUUCUUAGUGAACUCUGGCGUCCUUCAGGUCAUGCUUGUCACGCUCCGCCCCACCCCCACCACAUCGGUACCUCACACACUGGCCCACCUUCCAAUGCUCCAAGUCCCUCGCAUAAACGGUCACAAGGUCCUAGACGAAGCCUGUGGCACCCAUGACCCUUCAGGAAAAAAUCUGCAAGACCCUUCUGGUUUUAGCUCCAAGAAGCUACCAGAGCAGCGAGCUGGGAAUUGUGAGUCUAAACUGAGCUCACAAAGCAGAUAUUCCAGGGCCAUCCUGGGCAGCAGCAAGCCUGACUCUCAGAGACUCCCACCAAACCCCAGUAUCCCAGGAUUCCCAAAGCUGUCCUUGGACUUGGGGGAGGUCAGGGACAGAACAGAGGACCAUCCGGGGACGCCCAGAGAAACAGAUGUCAACAAAGAGCAGUUCACCAGCGUCCGUGACCCGGUGCAGCAGGUCUUGGAUCCCACACAGCCCUUUGCCACCUCUUCAACCCUCAAGUGCCACAGCUGCAGGUGUGCCAUAAGCCAUCAGGGUGCGCCAGGCAGGGCGUCCAGGUGCACCCUCUUCACGCUACAGCAUCCAAUGAAGCACCAGUCACAACACAAGGAUGAGCAUCCAGUGAAAAACCCAAAGCCUUAACAUCCUCUUGGAAAUCCUGUGUCAAUUUCACGACCUGUAAUGGACAGCAUUUUAGGAUGAGCCGUCCCUGAGAUGAUCCAGUUACUAAAAUCAGCUUCCAAACGUCUCAAUCCAUGCAAUGAUCCUUACACCAAAAUCAGUUCUGUGAGGCACGCAGGUCCUAAUGGAACCCCACGCGCCAACAUUGCCCCUUCCAGCUUUGUCCUGAUGGGUUCCCCGGGCAUAAGCUCCCCCAUUCAUGGUGGUGAGUCACUGUGGAGGGGCGACAGGGGUUUGUUCAAGCAGCCUUUUGACCUGUGGGUGGUCAUACAUUCACCCAAAACCUGGCCUUCUUCCACACGUGCUGACAGAGAGCCUCAUACGCAUGGGCUUUGCUUCUUGCUUGUCAUGAAAUGCAGAAAGAAAUCCCAGAUUCUAAUAAUCUUUCCGUUCCAAAAGCAUGGAUAUCUUUCUUUUUAAUCCAAUUUUCUAGAAACUGCUUGUGGCUCUUUCUUUGGUCCCCUCCGAACACAUUCCCUCCCUUCUUCUCUCUUCUGAGAGACAAAAGCACUGAUGAGAGGGGAACUCGAAGCCUGUUUCCAGUUAAAGGGAAGGAGCCUAACUGUAAAUAAUAACUAGAUACCUAAGAAACUGCUUAUGCUUUGUCAACCACCAAAACCAGGAAGAAUUGUAUCUAUGAGAUACCAAGCUAUAUCUGUAUAUAGAUAGAAGCACAUUAUCUUUAAUUCAUUCCUACAGACCUUGUAAUCUGUUGUAUACUCAACUGUUGUCCUGUAUUAGAGAAAACUUCACACUAGACAUGGAGAAGGCUGGGAAAAUAAUUCAAAAUACAGUAUAAUUAACUCUG